GCUGGUGCCUCUGUGACCGGUAUGGGAGAGUAGCGCUAGCCCGGUGUGAGCGGCUCUCCGUGCGGUUCUGAUCUGUAAAAACCCGGAAUGGAAGGUUUUAACCCAAAACUGCGAUGAGAUUUAAUUAAUACGAGGUUUUGCUGCACGGUGUGAGGCCUGAUGCUGAUGCUGGGCGAUUCAGGCAGGAGGAACCAUGCAGCAGAAGCGCAACAUCCAGAUAAUAGAAUGGGAGGACUUGGACAAACGCAAGUUCUACUCCUUCGGCGUCUUCAUGACCAUGACCAUCCGCGCCACGGUGUACCCCGCCAUGCUGAUCCGCACCAGGCUGCAGGUACAGAAGGGGAAGUCCCUCUACAGCGGGACCUACGACGCCUUCAGGAAGAUCCUGCGGGCCGAGGGCGUGCGGGGACUCUACCGGGGCUUCAUGGUGAACACGUUCACGCUCAUCUCCGGCCAGGCCUACAUCACCACCUACGAGCUGGUGAGGAAAUACGUCUCCAACUAUUCCAAGGAUAACACGCUGAAGUCUCUGGUGGCCGGAGGGUCGGCGUCGCUGGUGGCCCAGAGCAUCACCGUGCCCAUAGACGUGAUCUCCCAGCAGCUCAUGAUGCAGGGCCAGGGGGAACACCUCACACGCUUCAAACUCAAACCUAAAGCCUCGGGAGCAAAGCACACAGUCACUUUCUGUCAGACCAGAGACAUUAUAGCGCAGAUAUUCGCAGCAGACGGGUUCCGCGGGUUCUACCGGGGGUACGUGGCGUCUCUUCUCACAUACAUCCCUAACAGUGCGGUCUGGUGGCCUUUUUACCACUUUUAUGCAGAACAGCUGUCCAAGAUGGCGCCCAGCGACUGCCCACAUUUAAUACUCCAGGCCAUGGCUGGACCUCUGGCUGCUGCCACUGCCUCCACCGUCACCAACCCUAUGGAUGUAGUUCGAGCCAGAGUUCAGGUCGAAGGCAGAAACUCCAUCAUCGAGACGUUUAAACAGCUGAUGCAUGAGGAAGGAUGCUGGGGGAUGACCAAGGGCCUGUCUGCCCGAAUCAUAUCCUCCACGCCCACAGCGAUCGUCAUGGUGGUCGGAUACGAAACCCUGAAAAAACUGAGCCUUCGCCCGGAGCUGGUGGAUUCCAGACACUGGUAGACCUUCAGCGUCUCCAAAAUGUCCUCCAUCUCCUCUGUGACUCAUCAUCAUCAUCAUCCACCUCCUCCUUCUUCUUCUCGUUUGUGUCUCAUCCGUUCUCAGAUCUUGCCUUUCAACCUCGUUGCCUUGUGGCAUCAUUUAUCGUGUCUUGGAGGCGUUUUAUAUUUGAAUAUUUCACGUGUAGGGAAUAUUUUUGGAUGGUUUUAAUCUUUUAAACACAAUCACGGAUUACUUUUAUUGGUUUUAAUUGGGAAAAUUAAAUCAGAUCUGCUCAGGAUUGUGAGAGAACUCGUUUGAUUUAAGAGAAGCGUUUGAUUUAAUCUGAAAAAAGAGGGAGAAUGUUUCGUUUUUUGUUUUAAGUGUAAUUUUACUGUAUUUAAAAUUGAAAGACUUUAAUUUAUAUUUUUUGUUACCAGCUAGGUGGUGUUUCAGGUGUUUGGUCUCUGUGUGUUCUGUGGUGCACUGGAUAUCUCGCUCCCUUAUGUUUCUCAAUAAUAAUUGUCAUUUUUAAUGUUAUGAACCGUGUCUUACAUUUCACAUAAACCUCCGUUUUUGUCCUUAUUUUGUUCUGGAUUUCGGACUCAGUUGGGAAAGAAGUUGCCAAAGUACUGUGAGAUUUGUUUGUGUUGCACAAAACACGUAAAGAACGUAUGCAAUGUAUAAUAUAAUUGGGAUGUUGGGAAACUGGAUCCAUGUGUGAUUGUGAAUGUUUGUCUGUAUGGAUGCACUGCACAAAUCUGUGGUCUGUUUAAGAAAAAAGUAUGAAUUAAAAAAAAUAUAUAUAUUUGACAAAGUUGUCUAGCAGUGUUAUUUACAGUGUAGUGCCUAUUCUUGUCUUUUCUUCUUUGCAAUACAUACAAUUUAAGUUAAAAGUGGGCAAUAUGUGUUUUUCCUACCUUUUAACACAUAAGGAAUCUUUUUAUAAUUUUAUAAACCUUUCCUAACCUUUAAAACAUGCUUUUAUUGUGGUCAUUUCUGCCUCUGCACUGCUAUCAGAGAUGCAAACUUCUCUGCGAAAUCAGUUCUCCCUUCUGCUCCUCCCCUAAACCCAUACAUCACCAAGUGCCACUCACAAACUACCCCUCCCGUUUUUUAAGCCUUUAACUUUAACUUGUGGUUUUUGAGGGUGGUAACUCUGAUGAAUUUGCCUCUACAACAGAGGAAACUCUCGCUCUUCCUUUCCUGAGGCAGUACUGAUGAGUGUCAGUUCCAUCAUAAUGUUUUUGAUGGUCUUUUCUCUAGUUAAGAGGUUCUUGCUUCUCAUAAUCUGGAUUAGAACAUUACUCAAAUAUUCACUGUUCACUGUAUGUAUUGUAUUCAACUGAUGCUCUCAAACACCUUAAGAGACAAGAAAUUCAAGUAAUUAACUCUUGAUGAGUUCAGCACAGCUGUUAACUGAAAACCUGAAUUCCAGGAGACUCUACCUCAUAAAACUGACUGAUAAAAUCCAGCAGGGAUG